AGGUACUGGUGCGAGCCGCAGCUGCCCUGGCGGCGGAGGAGGGCUGUACGACAAGGGGACAGCGGCAGUGGUGGCAGUACGACAGAUGCCGUACAACCCCCGGUGGUUACCGGUCGGGGAGUGGUGGCCUGGAUUGACAAGUACGGCAGCGGGUAUGAACCGCUCAGCUGGCAGCCCCCCUCCCCCGCCCACCUCUCCGCCGCCUCCUCCCUGCUGCACUCCCAGCUGCUGGGGGCGGUGCGGCGCGUCAAGCAGGCGGCAGCAGGGGCGGCAGGAGGGUCGUCAGGCGGCAGCAGGGGCGGCCCCAGUGCCAGCAGCAGCAGCGGGAGCUGGGAUGCGGCCACCAAGCUGCUUGUGAGGGGGGAGCUGCUCAAGAUCAACGGCCUGCUAGUGGGCACGCUUUCCCUACUGAGGGACUUUGGGUUCGGAGGAG